AUGAUCGAAAAUGUAACUGAUUUAGAUUGUGAUUUUUGUAAUAGUACCACAGCUUCAAAUAUUACCGGAAGUGAUGACCAAAUAUCAGACAUACUAAAGAUCAUACCUAUAGUUUUGGUACUAUGUUAUGUGAUCGUUCUGUUCGUUGGAUGGAUUGGGAAUGGCUUGGUGAUAUAUGUAGUUGCUAGGUUCAGUAAAAUGAAAACUGUGACUAAUAUGUAUGUUCUAAAUCUAGCCGUGUCUGAUGUGAUGUUUAUUUUCAGUUUACCAUUUUUAACAACUACGACCCUGUUAGGAUACUGGGUAUUUGAUUUCGUAAUGUGUAAAAUCUAUUUUGUUCUGUACUCAAUCAAUGUAUUUACUAGUGUGUUUACAUUAACUGUGAUGAGUGCUGACAGAUAUCUUGCUGUUUGCCAUCCGGUUAGAUCGGUAAAAUAUCGAACCCCCCGUAUUGCUCUAUUUGUGUGCCUGUGUAUCUGGACUAUAUCAUUUUUAGUGAUGCUUCCUAUUAUACUUUAUUCAACAACUGUUCCACAUCGUCUCUACCCAGAUAAACAUACCUGUACCAUUAAAUGGCCUAAUGGUCAGCUAAUACCGGCAGGCCAGGCGUUUAUUUGGUAUACAUUUUUACUUGGUUUUGCUAUUCCCGUGUCUUUAACGUCGGUUUUCUACUUUCUUGUAGUUUUGCGUCUAAAAACCGUUGGCCCCGUCAAAAAAUCUAAAGAGAAAAAGAAAUCACACAGACGUGUAACAAGGAUGGUACUUUCCGUCAUUUCUGCCUAUGUAGUAUGCUGGCUACCAUAUUGGUUAUUUCAAGUAUAUAUUAUUGUAAGGGAGCCACCAGUGCUAGUUCCAUGGAAGGUUAUACUAUUUAACUCCUUUACAGUACUAACCUAUACAAAUAGCAUGUUAAACCCCUUUCUCUAUGCAUUUUUAAGUGAGAAUUUUAGGAAAAGUUUCAUGAAAGCCUUCAAAUGUGUUUCACCAACUGACGCCAACAAAUCUCUAUGUCAUGAAAACAGUAUGUUUCCAAAAAAUAAUCAGAAUUUUGGACGAUCUGUCGUGACAACGAUAGAGGAUCGACUGGAAAUGUCAACAUUCGAACCAGGCCAAAAUAACAUUGAUGCGACACCAAUGCUUCCUAAGGAAAACCACUUAACUACGACAACAUUACCGGAUGAACAAUGUUUAUUGAAACCGGUGGCUCUGUAG